UUCAUAAGCGUGUUGGCGCGGGCUGAUGACGUCACGGAGGAGCGGCGUUUGGACGCGUAAACAAGCGGACUUGUCUCCUGUAAGAAGAUACGGUGUUGAUGACGUCACGCAGGAGCGCCCACCCAGGCCGUGUUUGGACGGCGUACACAAGCGGACUUGUCUCAUGUGGGAUGAUGUGAGUCUCAUGUGUCUCAUGUGGGAUGAUGUGAGUUUUUUCCACAUUUGUCCACAUUUAUGCGCCAUAACGAGCAACACGCGACGGGUGCCGUCUACGCCCUGGAGCGCGCUCGCUUGUCGAUGCUAGCUAGCGUUAGCCGGCGGUUCUAGUAGCACCAUGGAGAAACCUCCGUUUAGACAGAACCAGAACUGCGGGGACUGGGAGCUGAAGGAGCGGCUCGGAAUGGGAGGCUUCGCUCAUGUUUACCUCUACCAGCACCAGGGGAGCGGCGAGAAGCUGGCGGUGAAGAUGUGUCGCCUGGAGCUGACUCCCAGGAACAAGGACCGUUGGAGUCGAGAAAUCCAGAUCAUGAAGAAGUUGAACCACGUCAAUGUGGUGACGGCACGGGACGUUCCGGAGGAAAUGAAAUUGAUCGCCAUGAACGACCUGCCGCUGCUCGCCAUGGAGUUCUGCUCGCGCGGCGACUUGAGGAAGGUCCUGAGCAGACCCGAGAACUGCUGCGGGCUGAAGGAGAGCGAGGUCCUGUCCUUACUCAACGACGUGGGCUCCGGCAUCCAGUACCUGCACGAGAACAAGAUCAUCCAUCGGGACCUGAAACCGGAGAACAUCGUGCUGCAGGAAACCAACGGGAAGCUGGUGCACAAGAUCAUCGACUUGGGCUACGCCAAAGACUUGGACCAAGGCAGCCUGUGCACGUCGUUCGUGGGCACGCUGCAGUACCUGGCGCCCGAGCUCUUCGAGAACAAGGCCUACACGGUGAGCGUGGACUACUGGAGCUUCGGCACCAUGGUCUUCGAGUGCAGCUGCGGCUUCCGGCCCUUCCUGCACAACCUGCAGCCGGUGCAGUGGGCCAGCAAAGUGCGGAACAAAGGUCCAAAGGACAUCGUGGCAGUGGAGGAGCCCAACGGGGAAGUGCGCUUCUCCACACGUCUUCCGUACCCAAACAACCUGAGCAGGACGCUGCUGGAGCCCAUGGAGGCUCUACUCCAACUCAUGCUCAAGUGGGACCCGGCCCUGAGAGGAGGCGGAGUCCACGCCGACAGCAGGAAGCCACUCUGCUUUGAGCUCCUGGAUCAGAUCCUCAGCAUGAAGGUGGUCCACGUCCUCAACAUGACCAGCGCCCAGGUGCACUCCUUCCAGCUGACGGCGGACGAGUCGCUGCACGCCCUUCAGAAGCGCAUCCAGGCCGAAAGCGGCAUCGACGUGGUCCGCCAGGAGCUGCUGCAGGAGACGGGCGUGUCUCUGGACCCUCGCAAGCCAGCCGCGCAGUGCGUCCUCGACGGCGUGCGAGGCUGGGACUCGUACAUCGUCUACUUGUUUGACAAGAGCGUCACCGAGUACUCUGGUCCCUUCAGCGCCAGACAGCUGCCCGAUAAAGUUAACACCAUCGUCCAGGAGGCCCGGACCCAGCUGCCUCUCGCCGCGCUCAAGAAGGUUUGGGGCGAAGCCGUCAGCUACAUCUGCGGCCUCAAAGAUGACUACAGCCGCCUCUUUCAGGGACAGAGGGCUGCCAUGCUGAGUCUGCUGCGCUACAACACCAACCUGACCAGGUGUAAGAACAGCAUGUUUGGAUUCUCCCAGCAGCUGAAGGCCAAGCUGGACUUCUUCAGGAGCAGCAUCCAGUACGACCUGGAGAAGUACAGCGAUCAGAUGCACUACGGCAUUUCCUCCGAGAAGAUGCUGAAGGCCUGGCAGGAGAACGAGGAGAGAGCGGCAGCCUUUGCUCAGGUGGCGGAGGUGGGUCACCUGGAUGACGAGAUCAUGGCGCUGCACUCUGAGAUUGUGGAGCUUCAGAGGAGUCCGUAUGCUCGUCGCCAAGGCGACAAGAUGGAGCAGCUAGAAGAGAAGGCCAUUGAGCUCUACAAGCAGCUGAAGAUGAAAUGCAAAGUGCCAGACGCAGACGUGAGCAGCGACAGUUCUGAGAUGGUGAAGGCCAUCAUCCAGACGGUGCAGAACCAGGACAAAGUGCUGAAAGAUCUCUACACUCAUCUGAGUAAGAUCCUGAGCAGCAAACAGAAGAUCAUCGAUUUGUUUCCACGGAUCGAGAAGACGCUGGAGAGCAUCAAGGAGGCGGACAACACCGUCAUGCAGAUGCAGUUCAAGCGUCAGCGAGAUUUCUGGCACCUUCUCAAGAUCGCAUGUGCUCAGAACUCCACACGUGGCUCCAUGGCGGCCAGUCCUGAGGCGGCCAACCCACCGCAGGUUUCACAUUCAGCGCCACCCGUCAGUGCCCCGCACCCCCUCACAUCACUGCCUGGGCCCAACGACAGCGACGCUGCCCCCCGCCUGCUGCAGGAGACCCACAAGUACUUGAGUCAGCUGACCAGCCUCAUGCAGGAAGCAGCUGACGAGCAGGCCAAGAGCAUCGUGGACCAGGACUGGAGUUGGACCAAGUAUGAAAUGCUGAGCAGCAAAGUGAAGAAGAGGAAGUCAUAGGUCUCACACACACACACACACACACACACACUAAGUUCAGGUGUGUGUGGUCACACCUGCAAGCUCCUGAAAUCAAGACAGCUGACACUUUUUACCUUUCACAAUGUUUUUGUUUUUGUCAACACUGAUUGGACGUUUGACUGGAAACAGGAAGUGACAUUCAGGACAUGAUCAGCAUGAUUGAAGAUCACUGCUGGGAUGACACACACACACACACACACACA